UGUGUACAAUGCACAGAUUAUAUAAAACACCGGGUUUAUUGUAGAGUUACAUGCAUGGUAAUAUGGCAGAGAAUGAAACUGCGGUUAGGUGAGGUUAUAUUUUCGAAGUGAAUUUUCAUCUAAGUUUUAAUUAAAUACAAUGGCUGCAAGUAGUGGACAAGGCCCUCCCAAUGGCACUAUGUCGGGGCCGUAUGGCCCUCCUGGUAUGGGUGGUACACCUCCUGGGCCAGGCUACACUCCUGUUAAUGUUCCACCACCGAUGAUGCCACCGAGAGGUCCAGGAUUCAUACCUACUCCAGGAAUUCCGAUUGGGGCUGGUCCAGGAGAUAUACGUCUGCCACCGCCGCUCAUACCAUCAUUUAGUGUUCCUCCACCGGGUUUUGGAUUCGGAGGACCUCCCGCGCCUCCUAACCACAGUGCUGGACCACAGUUGACUGCUGGUGGUACAUCAAAUUCAGCAGAUGCAGCAAAUGUUGGUCCUGGAGGAUCUGUUGCACCACAGCAAGGAGAUGCUUCGCAUAUUGGAGAUGGUACAGAGGCGAAGAGUCAGUCAGAUUGGACAGAGCACAAGGCUCCAGAUGGAAGGACCUAUUAUUAUAAUUCAUUGACAAAGCAGAGUCUGUGGGAGAAGCCAGAUGAAUUGAAAACUCCAGCUGAGCUUCUCUUGUCACAGUGCCCUUGGAAAGAAUAUCGAUCAGAAAAUGGAAAAACUUAUUAUCACAAUGUCAGCACCAAAGAGUCACGAUGGACUGUACCUAAAGAAUUAGAGGAAUUGAAGGCUCAAAUUGCAGCAGAAGAAACAGCAGCAUCGGCAGCUCCUGGUACUGCAUCUGUCCUUCCUCCUGGAAACAGUAUUUCAGUUCCUAUGUCAAGCCCUGUGUUAACUCAGCCCAUGCAGAUGACUCCAUUGUCAUCUGUAGUGACAUCUGGGCCACCGGUAGCUGGAGUUCCAAGUCAGUUGAGUCCUGGCAUCAGUUUACCACCUGUUCCAAUUCUUCCUGGAACAGUACCAGUUUCUGCAGGAGCUGUUGCUCCUAGUGCUGCUGCAGUUCCACCUACUCAUCAAGGCACUCCACCUCCUUCAUCAACAGCAAAUAAGAAUUCAAAUGCAUCAUCAGCCAUGGACCAAGCAAUGGCUGCUACCCUAGCAGCAAUAAGCAUUCCUACACCACCUAGUAAAACAGCUGAUGAAGACAGCAGCUCUAAUAAGGACUCAGCACCUGGAAGUCGUACCAGCACACCAGAGCCUAAACUUAUAUUUAAAGACAAGAAGGAGGCCAUUGAAGCCUUUAAGGAUCUUCUUCGUGAAAGAGAUGUACCAAGCAAUGUGAGUUGGGAAGCAGCUGUGAAACUGAUUUCUUCUGAUCCACGCUAUCCAACACUACGCAAAUUGAAUGAGAAGAAGCAAGCAUUUAAUGCAUACAAGACACAAAGACAAAAGGAAGAGAGGGAGGAACAACGCCAAAGAGCAAAAAAAGCUCGGGAAGAUCUGGAAGAAUUUCUUAUGACAUCUGACAAGAUCACAUCUACAACUAAAUACUAUCGUUGUGAGGACCUUUUUGGAAAUAUGGAUGUAUGGAAAAAUGUGAUAGAAGCUGACCGCAGGGACAUUUAUGAAGAUGUGGUGUUUAGUUUGGCAAAGCGGGAAAAAGAGGAAGCAAAGACAAUGAAGAAACGUAACAUGAAACAGUUGGCUGAGAUUUUAGACGCCAUGACCAAUAUUGGUCAUAGGACUACAUGGCAGGAGGCUCAGCAGAUGUUGUUAGAUAACCAUGCUUUUGCAGAUGAUGCCAACUUGUUGGGUAUGGACAAAGAGGAUGCAUUGGUAGUGUUUGAGGAACAUAUCCGGGAACUUGAAAAAGAGGAGGAAGAAGAUAAGGAGAGAGAAAAGAAGAGGCUUAAAAGGCAGCAUAGGAAGAACAGAGAUUCUUUUGUGACACUGCUGGAUGAACUUCAUGAACAAGGGAAAUUAACUUCCAUGUCACUGUGGGUAGAACUGUAUCCUAUCAUCUCUGCUGAUCUCAGGUUUUCUGCUAUGUUAGGCCAGUCAGGUUCUACACCACUGGAUUUAUUCAAGUUUUAUGUAGAAGAUCUGAAAUCUCGUUUCCAUGAUGAAAAGAAAAUCAUAAAAGAAAUACUAAAGGAGAAAGGUUUUGAGGUCCAGGUGAAUACUUCUUUUGAAGAAUUUGCAACUGUUGUGUGUGAGGACAGGCGAUCAGCAACAUUGGAUGCUGGAAAUGUGAAGCUUACUUACAAUGCUUUCCUUGAGAAGGCAGAGGCUCGUGAGAGGGAACGACUCAAGGAAGAAGCUCGAAGAUUAAAGAAACUUGAGGCAUCAUUCAAAUCAUUAUUAAAGGCUGUCAGUGUAGAUUACAUGUCAAAUUGGGAUGAUGUCCGAGCCAAAUUGGAAGGACAGUCAGCAUUUGAAGCAAUCACACUAGAGUCAGAACGAGUUAGAAUAUUUAAGGAAUACCAGCAUGAAAAUGAGGAAGCGUGUAGCCAUCAUCACUCCCGUUCUAAGAAGUCGAAGAAGAGUAAGAAGCAAAGGAAAAGGUCACGAACACGCUCAAGAUCACGAUCUCCUGCUGGGUCAGAAUCAGAUGAUGAUCAUGGUGGCCACUCUCGUAGCAGGAAGCGAAGGCACCGUACUUCCAGGUCUCCCAGCAACACUAGCAGGGCUGGCUCUGUGGAUAGUUCUGAUAGCCAGUAUUCAUCUAUGAGGAAGACAAGGCAUAAGAAGAGCAAGCGGAAGAAGGCACAUUCAAGAUCUCCGGUCUCUCCUCCACCUAUUCAGCACUCUAGUGGGUCAGAUUCAGGCCACAAGCAGUCUCGCAAACAGCGCUCAGCCAGAGGAAGCCGGUCUGAUGAGAACAUCUCUCCUCCAUCUGCCAACAUGGGAGCUCCAUUAUCUGCCAGCAUGAAGGCUGUUGGCAAGUCGGAGGAUGGAGAAUUGAGUGAAGGAGAACUUGAGAAACGGCGACUGUUACUGUUGCAGCAACUACAGCAAGAGAAUUGAUAUUGUGUUCAUUAAGCUAGUGAUUGAACUGGAGGUCAUGUGUUAUUACAUUAGAUGUCCUUGUAUUUUGUAUGUCUUUUAGUUUCUACAUACCCUGCCUCUACUUACCAAGCACCAUUAACAGUGAUAUGUGUGUUUUGAUCAAAUUAUAUUUUGAAUUAAAUGAUCAUCAAAUUAUUUUGUUUAGUUCAGUGAAUUCAGACAUUUAAAACUUCCUCAUUACAUUGGUAGUGUUUCUAAUUUGAAUCUGCUAUAAAAUAACUUUGGAUCAUUUUAAAUACAGCAGUGUGUAGUCAGUUUUAUAGUUUCUGAUUUUUUCAGGAUCCUCAAUUUGUACAACCUCAAAAGUAAAAAAUGCAAGAUCUCACAUUUCUUUGUAAUACAUUUGAAGUUCAUGUCUCUUCAAUAAAUACACCAUUUGUAAUUUUGUUAAACCCAGUUUGUGUGAAAGAAAUUGAUUUUGUUAUAAGUCUUCUAUGGAUAAAUCUAUAUAAGAAUAUAGCAUUGCAGAUCUUUUUCUAGUUUGUGUUGUGGAGCCACUUUGCUCUUUGGCGUCGAGACACGUUUAAUUUAAAAUAUUCUGUGUAGCAUGAGCUCAGUAAAGUUUCUGACUACAUGCAGGAUGAUUGGAGUUCAAUCCCCUCCAGAGGCAGAGUUUUCUCCCUUUGCCACCAUUUUCAGACUGGCUGUGGAGCCAAUCCACGCUUCUGUUGAAUAUUAGGGUAUCAGGAGUUCUUUCCCCGAGGCUAAAGUGGCUGACUCAUCAACUAUACCUAAUGCCAAAGUUAGGCAUGUGUUGGGGUUACCUUGACUCCUUGCCUUCAUGGCAGUGCUUUGGGACAGAGACAGUUGCAUUUUAUGUUGUAUGAUGUAUUUGGAGAAAUAUGAUUGCUGAGAAGUUGUGCAGUAAUACUUCCAAAAUUGAAGUAUAUAUUAUAGUAUCAACUUACUAUGUUAAAGACAGUCAAAUGGUUGUCACAAAUACUUUACUGCACUGCAAGUGUAAUGCAGUGAUGGUCAGUCAGUUCAUAUAAAUGGACUUUAUCCAUUUAGAGACGUGUGUUCAUGUGAAAGUACGCACGUAUGAAAGAAAGAGAAAGUAAGACAAGCUGAGAAUUAUAAUUAAAAAAUGAUAAAUUUGUUGACAUGUAAUAAUGAUUGAUUGUAACAUUGCUAGCAUCUAAAAACAGUCUUGUAUAAGUGCAAUUGUUAUUUCUAAGUAUAUAUGAUAAGAACAUUGAAGUGAACACAGAUAUCUGAGCAGUUUAAAAUAUUUAACAGUUAUGUAACAAAAAUUAAACAUCAUGCAAAAAGGCAACUUUACAGGAAGAACUUUAAAAUGUAGCGUGCAGCGGAAUGAUGUAACUGUAAUGAUAGCAACUAAGAGCACAACUGUUGACGUGAUAGUAAAUUGGUCACUCGGCAAAUUGGAUUCACAUAUGGAUGUUGAACGGUGGUUGCAGAUUUUCUGGAUUGGAACUCGGGGACACAAAAUACUUUGUUGGGUUUAGUUAUUAUUUUACUGUCAUAUCAACAGCACUCUUAGUUGCCAUCAUUGUAGUUACAUCACUUCUCCCACUUACUACAACAUUUUGUUGAAGUUCUCCAUCCAGUGAUGUACGUUUUGUUUCUGUGUGCUAUUUAGUUUUGUUAAGUGAAUAUUUGAAACUGCUCAGAUCAUUUUUGUUUAUGCUAUAUCAUAUAUACCUAGCAACAAAAAUUGCAGCGUUGCUGUUAUAAAAUACGGUUUUCGCUGUGUGUGACUGAAAUCCCAUCUCAUUACUUAGUUCCACAACGGGACACUUACAUAUGAUAUAUUUGAAUUCUUUUGCUUGUUACAGAGAAACAUUAAUAGAUGGCAUAUUGGCCAUAAACUGCAGAAAGUAAGGUGUUAUGUGUUAUCCUUUGAAAGUAAACGUAGUUUAAUG